GCUCGCCUGCACCGCUGGGGGCCGCCCGCGGGCCUUGCCGGCCAGAGCGCAGCGUGCGCCCCGGGCCCCGCGCCGGCACUUGCUUAGCGACCGCGGCGAAGACACGAGCGGCGGCGGCGGAGCCCGGAGGGCGGCGGGAAUGCGGAACCGGCGCGCGGGCUGAGGCCGCCCGGCAUGGCGCAGGGGCGGCGGCGGCGGGCGGCCUGCGCGGGGCCCUAGCGAGCCGGCGGACGCUCCCGGCCCCGGCCCCGGCAUCGGCAUCGCGGGCGCAUCGCGGCCAUGGCCAAGGAGCGGCGCAGGGCGGUCCUGGAGCUGCUGCAGCGGCCGGGGAACGCGCGCUGCGCGGACUGCGGCGCCCCGGAUCCCGACUGGGCCUCCUACACUCUGGGAGUCUUCAUCUGCCUCAGCUGCUCGGGAAUCCACCGGAACAUCCCCCAGGUCAGCAAGGUGAAGUCCGUCCGCCUGGACGCCUGGGACGAGGCCCAAGUGGAGUUCAUGGCCUCCCACGGGAACGAUGCCGCGAGAGCCAGGUUCGAGUCCAAAGUACCCUCCUUCUACUACCGGCCCACGCCCUCCGACUGCCAGUGAGUACAAAGGGGCCUUGUCAG